GACAAACGAUAAACCUACGUCAGACAAUAUUGAUAAGAUCUAUUUAUCUCGAAAAAUUGAAAUUUAAAACGAAUUAAGUACAACAAAUUCACAGGGUAAACAUGGUUCAACAAACACUCUCAACUAUCACGUUUAAAGUUAUGAUGGAAUGAUUUGGUAUCUAAGGACUAAUGUUUCUAUUAUUUGUGUUAAUUAUCAAUUGUUGUCAAGGUGGUUGAAAAGAGUCGUACUCGUACGCGAUAGAGUUCUAUUUCCGUACUAUCGAUUUUACCGGCUAAGUAGACAUGCGUUUAACGGUUUAGCGUCACAAUGUCAAGUGCUCCGGUCAGGAAAGUUGCUAUUAAAUGUUUGACGUUACACGCAUUUCACUAUUAUGAGUGCAUUGUGUAAUGCGGAUCGGAACAGUGGAUGUCUGUGCUAUGUUUUCUAAUCGGACCACUCUAUAAUUUGUGAUGAAACUCGGAACAUGUGCCUUUUCAUAACUGCCACGAUUAGCAUGCUGCGAGCCAAAGAAAAACAGGUGCGAUCCUUCGACGAAUAAAUAGGAUUGGAAUUCAUUACUAGCUACCUUCAAAUAUGUCUACCACUGUAAUUGGUGAUGUACAAGCUCUGCAAACUUUAGCAGUUCACACAAGCGACGUAAACAGCGUUGAUUUUGCCGGGGACUGCAUAUUGGUGACCGGAUCAGGAGACAAACGCGUUCGGGUCUGGCAAUGGAAGGCAGGCAGUGGAUACGUAGAAGCCUACUUUUCGCCUCUUUUAGGGCACAAGUAUGGAGUUACAUCUGUGAAAGUUAGCCCUCGGUCAACAAUGCUAGCUUCUGCUAGCAUAGAUGGCACAACAUUAUUGUGGAACUUAAGAACAGGAUCCAAAAUACACACCAUGGUACAAGUGAGUGGAGAAGCUGUAAGGGUCUGUAGAUUUUCUCCAGAUUCCACUCUACUUGUAACUGCUGGAGACAAUGGCCAAGUCUGCCUUUGGGAUCUAGUUCGACGAAGUCUAAUAAGAUGUUUUCAAAAGCACGACGGUGCUGUACAGAGUGUAUGUUUUUCGCCGGAUUCAAGUUGGUUAGUAACAACUUGCACGCUCGGCGUCUUGAAGCUAUUCUCCACUGCCGAUAUUAUGGACUCGUGUGUUUCCGACAAUCAAGCAAUCACUGAAUUAGCCUGGGUAGAUGAUGCUCAUGAUCUGGGUGUCGUUUCUUGCGAUUUUUCAACGUUUCAGGAGGUUACAAAUAAUGAACCAUUCACACAGCAAUACCAACUAGUUACUUGUGGUAAUGAUCACUGUGUUAAACUAUGGGAGAUAACUGUGAUACAGGCUAAAUGCGAGACUCAACCGUCCAUUGUCAAGAUAGAUAUCUGCAGAGUAAUGGAGAAGCAUAGUAGUGCCUUAACUUGUGUACGCUUCAAUUCAAACGGAUUGUACAUUGUCAGCAGUGGACUCGACAAGACAGCGGUAAUAUGGGAAACGAGUACUGGAAAAAUAAUGGCAACAUUGUCAGGGCACAACAGAUACGUAGCAUGCUGUACGUUUUCACGAGAUGGAAACUUAUUAGCCACUGGAUCCAACGACAAAUCUGUUAUCGUUUGGGAUUUAACGGGAAGCUUGUGCCUCGAUUCGGAGCUGGCUAGGCGCGAUGCGCCUAUGUUGUUCCUGGACGAAGAGAGCAUUAAACACGAACGAGACGUAAUGAGAAACGCAGAGACGUCGAUAAACGACGUGAGAUUAAUUCAAAGGCUAGAGAACCAGGCCGGCGUGAUAAACAGCGUAGCCUUCCAUGGAAAUAAUCUCAUCGCUUCUGGAUCUGGGGACAAGGUGGUGCGCAUUUGGAGCAUCGAGACUGAUGAAGAAGAGGGCGAGAUUAUUAUGAAAUUCCAAGAGAAGCCUUACAGCCCACUGGAUGGUCACACGUACAGCAUAAACUACGUGGAAUUUAGCCCGUGUGGUGGUAUGCUUGCGUCUUGUUCUUUGGAUGGUACAGCAAUCAUUUGGAACACCGAGAAUGGUUCUCAAGCAAAAUCUUCUUUUGUCAACUCUGGAUCUGGAGUCCGAGUUUGUCGAUGGUCGCCAGAUGGUACAAAAAUUGCCACAGCUGGGGACGAUGAAAGGACGACGCUGUGGGAUGUGAACGAUAUGGCGGAACUUUGUGUUUACAGCGGUCAUUCUGAUGCAGUAAACGCGAUUGCUUUUACCUAUGAUUCCCAUUACUUGGUUACUGCUUGUAAUGAGGGAACCUGGAGGUUAUUCGACACCACCAACUAUAAGUGUUGCAGCGCGCUGAUGACGUGUGAAGAAGCUCAUGACUUAGGUGUUCAGGGAUGUGACUUCAGCCCAACAGCUAAUUUCACACUUGCUGGGAGAAAGUCGAAUACAAGUAACGACAAGCAGUGCUAUCUACUAGCGACCAGCGGUAACGACUCCUUGGUCAAGUUAUGGCAAGUAACCAUUUACAAGGAAACUAAAAUUCUGACCGGUGGCACUGGAAGCAGCGAUGGCAACACACGGUACGAAGAAAAAAAGACUUUAACUGGGCAUGGUGGUAACGUGACUUGUGUCCGGUUCUCACCGAUUCAAGGCGAGAUCCUAGGAAGCGUAGCUACCGAUAGAACUGCCCGUAUUUGGAGCGUGUAUUCUGGGACUUGCUUGUACGUACUAGAAGAACAUGAAAGUUUCGCGACUACCUGUGCCUUUUCCGAAGACACGUCUCUUUUUAUUACAGGUGGACUGGACAAAACAAUUUUAAUUUGGACAAUACCUCAACGAUUGAUAUCGCAGAAUGUCCUGAUCGAUAACUUGCGACACAAAAGGCAUAAGGUUGCAGACUGGAGAGUAGACGAUACUUUGAAAUGGCUAAACGAAAUAGGACUAUCGUCGUUAACGAAAAAAGCUUAUACGGCCGUCCUAACUGGAAGACAAUUGCUUACUUUAUCGGAAGAUGAUCUAAUCGAGCGGCUGCAAAUUGAAGACGACGAAGAGACAGGAGAAGUGUUCAAGACCCAAUUGUAUUGGCUGAAACGUGAAGACAGCAACGCUCUAGAAAUGCCUAUAGAUGACGCUGAAAUACCUCACGAAUUUUUAUGUCCCAUCACGCAUGAAAUGAUGAAAGAACCUGUUCAAUGCUCAGAUGGAUUCACAUAUGAGAGAGCAGCCAUUAAUGAAUGGUUCCUGUGUGGAAAAUAUACCAGUCCAAUGACAAAUAAAUCUCUCCAAGAUACUUCGUUUUCACCAAACAUCGUGCUCAGGAACACAAUAUAUACUUUCCUUCAUGGAAACAGACCUCAAUCUUGAAUGAUAAUACUAUUCAUUGUAUUGUAAGGUGUGAUAUGAAUUUUUACACAAACUCAUGGAAGACUUGUUCCUUCUUACUGCUGUGCAUAUUCACUUUUCUAUGACUGGUCACAUUUUUGGCACUCUUUAAACUUGUGAAACAUACAAAGAACAUAACAUGCACUCACACAAGACUCUGUAUGAAGUAUUAUGAGCUCUCUUUUUAGAAAUUAAUGAAAUCAUUGACUUGGUUUUUGCUAUAAUUAAAUGGCACAGAGAAGCUAAUCUUUUGAUGCGCAACAGUCACUUCAAAUACAAUGUAUACCUUAAUCCCUUUAUCUUUUAGACUUUUAGACAAAGUUAUAAAGCGACAAAGUAACAAUUGUGAAGCGUUAAGUGUUAAAGAUAUUUGUAACUUUGUAAGAGGACCAAAUAUUAAAUGUUUGUAAAACAA